GACUUCGCUCCCUCUCCACUCUUCCUUCCACAGUCCCAUCCCCGCGACGCCGCCAUUAGAGCCGCAAGAAAAGCUCAUCAAGAGAGGAGAGUUCGUUCGAGAUGGCCGGCUGCUGCGUGUUCCUCCGGUGGCCGUCGGCCUCGCCGUCCCGCAUCGGCUACCGCUCCCUCGACGACGGCGACGACGGCCCGUCUCCGGCGGCGGUGACGACGACGGUCGUCGUCGGGAAGGAGCGGCGGGUGUUCUCCGUCGACCAGCUGGUGCUCGACACCUACCCGUUCCGGCUGCUGCUGGAGACGGCGGUGAGGAAGGAGGAGAGCAAGGCGGCGCUCUUCGUCGACGUCGACGCCAUCCUCUUCGAGCACAUACUCUGGCUCGCCGGCCACCACGACCGCUCCUCCUCCUCCCUCCUCCACCUCGACCUCAAGGAGAUCAUCGACUUCUACUCCCAGGACGCCUGAUUCUUGAUGAUGAUGAUUCUGUUCAUCAGAUUCUUUUUUGAUCACUUCUUUGUUUUCUUCUCCUUUUUGUUAUUACCCCCUUAAUUAAUCAUGUGCAUAUAUAAUGAUGAUUAUAUCUUCUUUACAAAGACGAUAUUGGCAAUGGAAAUAGCGAAUUAUAAAGCAUUCGUAGUUUGAUUGAA